AUGUCAUCCACGCAAUCCAACACAGCAUCGCUUUCUGCGAAUGAAGGCGAUCAUAUCGUUAAAAGGACAACAAGACGAUCACACCGAAAAUCGCGCGCUGGUUGUAAAAAUUGCAAGGCGCGCCGCAUCAAGUGCGACGAGAAAAAGCCAGGUUGUAGUAACUGUGAGUAUCGAAAAGUACGUUGUGACUUCAUCCAACCAGCGGCUUCUCCACCCGGGCAUCGUGAAGCAAGCGGCCUCAGUUCCAUUCCUAGAGAGCUGUCUAUUUCCGAGAUCGAGCUCGCGUACCACUAUACAACAUCAACCUGCUUCACCCUCUCAGCAUGGUCUACUGGAGGUGUCUUCCGGCAAAACCAAAUGGCUGAAAUCGGAUUCAAGAAUCCAUACGUUCUGCACUUGAUGCUUGCAUUCGCAGCAGUGCAUCUGGCACACUACCGUCCGCAUCGCAAGGAGGAAUACGCCGCGAUGGCAGACCAUCACUACGAGCGCGCUCUGGUUUUGGUUACACCACAGAUUGCAAACCUAAAUCCCGAGAACUCUGAUGCAAUAUUGCUUGCCGAACAAUUGAUAUGUUUUAUCAGCUGGGGUCGAGGUCCGCAACCUGGGGAAUACCUCGCCUUCGGACGAGACAAGAAAUCAGAUUGGUUGGUCAUGUUCCGCGGCAUUCGAGCAACCUUCUCAAACGUUCAAUUUCUGCAAUCUGACAGUAUACAUGCAUCUACAGCAAAUGGAAUAUUACCCUCGUUGCCCGCCCUAGACGUACCCGAGGAAUACGAGAAGCAGCUCGAUAGCGUGAUGGAGCUUGUGAGCGUUAUGUCAAAAGACACACCUGGUUACGAGGACGAUAUCAAGGCCGUCCGUAUCCUUCGAGAGAUGUACGACAACCGGUAUCGAAAUGGUGAGAGUGAGUACCAUGUAUCUUUUGGGUGGCUCUACCGUGUGACGGACGACUUUCUUGAGCGGCUGCAGGAGCGCGGCCCCAUCCCCAUGAUCAUCUAUGCACACUUCGUGGUCCUAGUCCGUAUUUUAGAACAGUUUUGGUACAUGCAAGGAUGGACACAUCACAUCAUGAGCGGGAUCUGGGACUUGCUGCCUAGAGAGCACAGAGCUUGGUUGGAGUGGCCCAUCAAGAGAAUAGGUUGGGUCAAACCAUGA